AUGGCGGAUUCAACCUCUUACAUUCUCUACAUUGCUCUCUCCUUCCUCUUCAUCAUUCUCCUUCACUAUCUCCUUCACAGACCUUCCAAUGGCCGCACGCCGCCGAGUCCGCCGGCGCUGCCGCUAAUCGGCCACCUCCACCACUUCUCGCCGUCCGUUUGCAAAUCGUUCCACAAUCUCGCCGCUAGGUACGGCGAUCUUCUCUUCCUCCGACUCGGAAGCGUCCGAUGCGUCGUCGUUUCAUCGGCGUCGUACGCGACCGAGAUCUACAAGACACAGGAUGUUACUUUCUCGUCGCGGCCGAAAUUCGCGUUCGGCGACGAACUGCCGUACGCGAAGGCCGGAUUCUUCGCUGCAGAGUACGGAGAUUACUGGAGAUUCAUGAAGAAACUGACGAUGACAGAGCUUUUGUCGCAAAGGCAAGUUGAGAGAUCACGCGCCGUACGGAGAGAAGAAAUGUUGAAAUUCUUGAAGAAAUUGGGCGACUGCGGCGAGAACAACGAGGCCGUGGAUUUGGGGGCGGAACUCGUCAAACUCACCAACAAUAGCACUUGCAGGUUGGUGAUGAGUACAAGGUGUUCGGGAGACGAUACUGAUGAAGCAGAAAAGAUAAGAGUAUUAGUAAAAGAAACGUUCGAGAUGGCUACGAAAGUAGCGUUUGGAGAUGUGUUUGGAUGGCCGUUAGAGCGAUUAGCGUUUUGGAUGUUUGGGAAACAUGCGAAAGAUGUGACAAUGAGGUAUGAUGAAAUAUUGGAGAAGAUAUUAAGGCAACAUGAAGAGAGAGCAAAGAAAGAGGGUUUGGAUAGAGAAGAUAGGGAUUUAAUGGACAUUUUGUUGAAGGUUUAUCAAGAUCAUAAUGCCGAGUUCAAGAUCACAAGAACCAAUAUCAAGGCGUUCUUGCUUGACCUAUUUUUGGGCGGCACAGGAACAUCGACAGAGGUAUCACAGUGGACGAUGGCGGAGCUUCUAAACCAUCCCGAAGUAUUCAACAAACUGAGAAACGAAAUAAACGCUGUGGUCGGAACCACCAGACUGGUUGGAGAAGACGACGUCCCAAAUCUCCCAUACUUACAAGCGGUCGUGAAAGAGUCUCUCCGCCUCUACCCCGCCGUCCCAAUAGCGAUGCGAGCGAGCCGGGAAGACUGCACAAUCGACGGCUUCCAUGUCCCCAAGAACACAAUGGUGGCAGUCAACCUGUUCCACAUAAUGCGGGACCCAAAAAUCUGGGAAAACCCGAACGAAUUCGAGCCGGAAAGGUUCACCGGCGAAGUGCGGUACGAGAUUAAGGGGCAGCAGGGUUCAGGGUUCGUCCCGUUCGGUGGGGGCCGACGGGGGUGCCCUGGCUCGACCCUUGCGUUCAGUUUCAUUAGCACGGUGACUGCGGCCAUGGUUCAGUGCUUUGAUUGGAAGAUCAUUGGUGGAAGUAAAGUGGACAUGGAGAUUGGAGCCGCCUUCACUUUGCCCAUGGCCAAUCCUCUUCUUUGUGUCCCUCUCCUUCGCUUCCACGCUCGAGAUUUGAACCUCUAAUAUCAAGAAAACAUAAUACUAUUUAUACAUCGAUAUUAGUCGGUUCG